AUGGCCUCAGGUGAUAUACAGAAGUGCGAUAACGAAGGCGAGGCUGUAUACGUACCACAAAUAUCGGACAACCCUUGUAUCACGUGCUUCUGUCGGAAUGGCAGCGUACAGUGUAGACGUGAGAAAUGUCAGAGUUUGGAAGGCUGCUAUAUGAUCUUGUAUGAUUACCUACUAAGCGGUCACCGGAAGUGCUGCGAAGUGUGUAAAGGAUGUACCGUGGACGGAGAAUAUUACUCCAGCAAUUCUUUAUGGACGGACAAAACAGAUCCAUGUACGGAAUACUCUUGCAAGGCGGGUGUAGCAACGAGAACGACCACCAAAUGUUACGCGCCAUGUGCAAAUCCAGUUCCAGUUCCGGGUCAAUGCUGUCCCGUAUGUCGAGGUUGUCAGUACGACGGGAAAACUUAUAAUGAAGGUGACGUGUUUCCACUCUCAACAGAUCUGUGUACAAAGUGUUCUUGUACGAAUGGAACAGUUUCCUGCGAGAAAGAGACAUGUCCAGUUUUAAAUUGUCCUAAAACCGUGAUAUGGCAGCCUCCUGGUUCCUGCUGUAAAGUGUGUAAAGGUCUAAGGAGGAUAUUCAAUCUUCCUGGAGGGAAAUGUUUCUUUCAGUAUAAAAUCUACAAAAGCGGAGAGACAUUCCGACCAGGAAAUUGUACAAGCUGUCUUUGUGUGGAUGGAACAUUUAUUUGUGAUCGGGAAACAUGCCCGCCCCUUCCUUGCCCUCUUGAGAAAACUGUGCAGCGAGAAAACUCGUGUUGUCGUGUUUGUCCCGAAAAACAGACAUGCGACUACAAGAAUAAAACAUAUAUGCAUGAACAAAAAUGGCGACCAAAUGUUUGUACUACCUGUUCGUGUGAUGACGGCUCAACCAGGUGUCACGUGCAAAAUUGUCGAAAUACUGUUUGGUGUCCUUCAGGUUACCGACUACAGUACAUAAAUGGUGAAUGUUGCCCGAGAUGUACCGAAGCCAAAGGCGUGUGUACUGUGUUUGGGGAUCCUCAUUACAGAACAUUUGAUGGAAGGAUUUAUAAUUUUCAAGGACCGUGCAAAUACCUUCUGGCGGAAGACAUAGUAACUAAGUCGUUUUCCAUACGCGUGCGAAAUGACGCACGUACUUCACCGUGGUUCACUUGGACGAGAAUGGUCACACUGUUUCUUGGAAAUGUAAAAAUUGGACUUCAUCAAAAAAUGAAUGUGAAAGUAAACAGAAGACGUGUUAAACUUCCGUAUACAAAUCACGCUGAAUUCUCGGUUGUACGAGAUGGUCAAUCGGUCAAGGUGAUGACCGCCAUUGGCCUAAAGGUGAUUUGGGAUGGUGAUAGUUUCAUCGAAGUGACGAUUCCCAGUCGUUACAAGGAGAAAAUGAGAGGACUUUGUGGGAACUAUAAUGGUAUAAGUACUGACGAUUUGAAAGGCAAAGAUGGCCAGGUGUACCUUGAUGGAGAAAACUUUGGUAACACAUGGCGAGUUGGAAGCAAAGCCGCCUGCACAAUCCAAGAAAAUGUUCAAAAAACGGAACCGCCUUGUAAAUCGGACAGUUCUAAGAGAAAACGUGCCAAAAGGGAAUGUAGCCAUCUUUUAGCGAGUGUGUUUUCCAGAUGUAGGCGCUUGGUAGAUGUAAGGCAGUAUUACAGAUCUUGUAUAGCUGAUAUGUGCGAGUGCCCGGAUGACAAACAAUGUGCAUGUGAGGCUGUGAAAGCAUACGCCCACAGAUGCAUCAACGAAGGAAUUCAGUUAACGUGGAGCAAUCAGCGCUUCUGCCCAGAACACUGCCCUGAAGGUGCUAUAUAUAGACAAUGCACAAAACGAUGUAUGCGCUCGUGCGAUGAACGAGACCAGAAAGCAUUAUGUAAAACAAAGUGUUCUCCUGGAUGUGUUUGUCAAGGAAACCGUGUACUACACAACAACAGGUGUAUUAAACCAAGGCAAUGUCCAAAGCGGUGA